ACCAGGCUCCACCAACAUCCCUGAGCCAGAUUAUACCACAAUGCUGGGGCCAGGUACUACCAAAAUCCCUGAGCCAGAUUAUACCACAAUACCUGGACCAGGCUCCACCAACAUCCCUGAGCAAGAUUAUACCACAAUGCUGGGGCCAGGUACUACCAAAACCCCUGAGCCAGAUUAUACCACAAUGCCUGGACAAGGCUCCACCAACAUCCCUGAGCAAGAUUAUACCACAGUGCUUGGACCAGGUACUACCAAAAUCCCUGAGCCAGAUUACACCACAAUGCCUGGACAAGGCUCCACCAACAUCCCUGAGCCAGAUUAUACCACAAUGCUUGGACCAGGUACUACCAAAAUCCCUGAGCCAGAUUAUACCACAAUGCUGGGGCCAGGUACUACCAAAAUCCCUGAGCCAGAUUAUACCACAAUGCCUGGACCAGGCUCUACCAACAUCCCUGAGCCGGAUUAUACCACAAUGCUUGGACCAGGUACUACCAAAAUCCCUGAGCAAGAUUAUACCACAAUGCUGGGGCCAGGUACUACCAAAACCCCUGAGCCAGAUUAUACCACAAUGCCUGGACAAGGCUCCACCAACAUCCCUGAGCAAGAUUAUACCACAGUGCUUGGACCAGGUACUACCAAAAUCCCUGAGCCAGAUUACACCACAAUGCCUGGACCAGGCUCCACCAACAUCCCUGAGCCAGAUUAUACCACAAUGCUUGGACCAGGUACUACCAAAAUCCCUGAGCCAGAUUAUACCACAAUGCCUGGACCAGGCUCCACCAACAUCCCUGAGCCAGAUUAUACCACAAUGCUUGGACCAGGUACUACCAAAAUUCCUGAACCAGAUUAUACCACAAUGCCUGGACCAGGCUCCACCAACAUCCCUGAGCCAGAUUAUACCACAAUACCUGGACCAGGCUCCACCAACAUCCCUGAGCCAGAUUAUACCACAAUGCUUGGACCAGGUACUACCAACAUCCCUGAGCCAGAUUAUACCACAAUGCCUGGGCCAUGCUCUACCAACACCACUGAGCCAGAUUAUACCACAAUGCCUGGGCCAUGCUCUACCAACCUCCCUGAGCCAGCUUGCACCAUGGUUCCUGAGCCAUGUUCCACCAAAAUCCCUGACUCAGGUUGUACCGUGGUUUCUGGGCCAUGCUCUACCAAUGUCCCUGAACCUGGCUAUGUGAAUGCCUCAGAGUCCAACUAUACCAAGGUCCCUGAUCAGGGCUAUACCAAGGUACCUGGUCAGGGAUAUUCUAAGGUACCAGAGCCAUGCCAAUCCAAGGUUACUGAGGUGUACCCCACAAAUGUCACUCCAGAAUUGGCUCAGCAGAAGACUAAGCAGAAGUAACACAGUCCGUAGUCAGCCAGGCCCUUGAAGAGCCAACCACCUGCUGCUGAACUCUUUCCUGUCUGCUUCUUUCCCUAUUGUCUAGAGACAGUAGUUUGCUGCAUUCUCUAU